UCCCGUGCCAGGACUUGUGGCGGCUGCAGCGGCAGCUUGGACUGGAGGAAGUGUGUUUUUUUUGGGGGGGGGCCUGAGCAGCAGCAGCACCAGCAGGAGCAACAGCAGGAGCAGCAGCAACAGUUCGGGAACCAUUAUAUUUAAAUCACGACAGCCACGGAAAAGGUCGAGGAGAGCACCGGAUCCUGCCUUGGACAAAGUGAACUAAACAGAAGCGGCUUGGGAGCACAUUCCAGCAGAGGAAAAUGAGCCUCUCAGUCUGCUCUAAGCCCGUAUGACGGGGCUGAGGGCUCUUUGACUCAGGACUUUUACCCCACUCUUUCUCUCUCAGCAGCUCUGGCUUACAAAGGGAAUCAGAGCGGGUGAAAAAAAAAGAGAAGGAUCAAAGUGCUCGCUCUCGGUUUGAAAAGGCAGUCCCCACGAUUCAGGGAUGGAGGAGGGAUAUGAACUCGACCUCACGUACAUCACGGAACGCAUUAUUGCCGUGUCCUUCCCCCGGGGUUGCUCGGAGGAGAUCUACUCGCACAACCUGAAGGAUGUCACGCGAAUGCUCAAGUCCAAGCAUGCAGAUAAUUACCUGAUUAUCAACCUCUCUGAGAGAAGGCACGAUCUCUCUAAAAUGAACCCAAAGACCCUGGAUACGGGCUGGCCUGACCUGCAUGCGCCACCUUUGGAUAAGAUCUGCACCAUCUGUAAGGCCAUGGAGAGCUGGCUCAAUGCUGACCCUCUACAUGUGGUGGUUAUACACUGCAGGGGCGGCAAGGGUCGAAUCGGCGUUGUCAUUUCAUCAUUUGUGCAUUUCACCGAUGUGUCAGCCAGUGCUGAUCAGGCGUUGGACCGCUUCGCCAUGAGGAAAUACUACGAUGAUAAGGUCUCAGCUCUGAUGACACCCUCGCAGAAACGGUAUGUUUGGAUCCUCAACAGCCUUCUGAGUGGGUCCAUGAAGAUCAACGCCUCGCCCUUGUUCCUGCACUGUGUCAUCCUUCAUGGGAUACCCAACUUCGACACCACUGGAGUGUGUCGUCCAUACAUCAAGGUUUACCAGGGAAUGCAAGCAGUGUACUCAUCUGGAAUCUAUCAUAUUGGUCCAGGCCACAGAGACCGGGUAUGCAUCACCCUGGAGCCAGCCCAGCUUCUAAAAGGGGACAUCAUGAUUAAAUGCUAUCACAAAAGUGACCUAACUUCAGAGCGUGAAGUUAUUUUUCGACUGCAGUUCCACACGGGAGCAGUGCAGGGCUACAACCUGAUGUUUGAAAAAGAGGACAUGGAGUCUGCCAGCAAAGAUCCCAGAUUUCCAGAUUAUGGUAAAGUGGAGCUGGUGUUCUCAGAGGGACCGGAGAGAAUCCCAGGUGCUGACAGGUGGCAAAAUGGGGCAGAUGUUAUUGUGGACUACAACACAGCAGAUCCUCUAACCCGCUGGGAUUCCUACCAGAACAUCUGUGAUGGUGAAGACGGGGAUUGUCUGGUGUUCUUACCUGGCAUUGGCAACGAAGCGCCACGCUCUCAAGGCCUAACCCAGGACAAAGCGGCUAACAAGAGGAGCCCCGGAGCCAGCGUGGAGGCGACGCUGGGCAGAGGGGCCCGCACGACCUCCACCACCUCCAGCCCUGACCACAGUGACCACGCCCUCUCCGUCAGCAGUGACUCGGGCCUGUCUAGCACUUCCCUGUGGGCAGACAGACCCACGCCCGUCAACUCCUCCGCCACCGUUGCUGUCAGGGCUAACCAGGGCCCCAGCCAGCAGGAGAAGGUCCAGCUGAAGCGCCUUCUGAGUGGCUUUGGUCUUGAGGAUCCCUCACUGGAGGAGAUGGAUGACCAGGGCCCUAUGGUUGGCAUCCAGCAGGUAGUCCCAGCCCAAGUUCACAUCAACGGGGAUCCCCGUCCCAGAGAGAGAGAAACUGACAUCCUGGAUGACGAGGUCAUUACAGGUCACGAUCUGCACAGCGUGGACAGCUUGGGGACCUUGUCGUCCUCCUGCCACAAGAGCAGCCAGAACUCUCUGCUGUCGGACGGCUUUGGGAGUCCCGGAGGUGAGGAGCAGCAAAGCCAGAGCCAGCACCACCUUCACCAUCCUGCACCCCCUCCCAUGGAGGAAUAUGAGAGAGCCUAUGCUGAGGGAAGAAGGGGCUGUCUGAGCUCCCGGAGCAACUCUGUGGCCUCCUCCAAUCCCAGUAGUGCUCCCAUGCCCAAGCAGCAUGUCUACAGACAGGGAAGCUAUUCCACACAGUCCUGGGUUCGCCAGCAGCAGAUGGUCACCGCUCAACACUUAAUCUACAUGCCAGAGGAAGGAAACGAUACUGAAAGAUACCCAGGGAGCAAGCAGGGGAGCAGUUCACCCAAAGUGGGCCUACCCGCCGAAGCGCAGGGCCACACCAGGGACACUACAGUGGAUGCUCUGAGAAACGCGCCGCCCCACCACAAGGAACAGAAAACGAUAAACAAUAACAACAACAAACAGGACGAGGAGUUCAAAUCUUUAACUAUGGACAUCGACAACUCCAUCGAUCAGCUCAACCAGCUGAUCAUGGACCUGGACCCCACGUUCAUGCCGGUGGCAGGCCACAGCAGCUCCAUCAAGAGGAACGGCAGUGCGCACGUAAACAGCUCCGUCGGCAAAUGCUCAAACGGCAUCAAUCUCAGAUUCAGCGAUAAUAACGCAGCAACCCUGACAAACACACAGCAGACAGCUGCCCAGUCCAGUGAGGGGCGCGUGGGUGUCACGCGGAGUUUGAGUCACCAAGGAAGUGAUGUCACAGAUCACCCAGGCUUCUGUAGUUCAGGGUGGGGUGGGACGGAGGAGUACAGGGGCCAGCGGACAUACUCCCCCUGUGUGCCGCAGUCCCAGCAUCCCAUGUUAUACAGGACUGACAGCGCCGACUACAGGGCUCAGGGCCCAGACAUGGACAGUGGGGUCGAGGCAGGGAGUGACAUGACUCCGCCCACUCCUGCUUUCCCCAUCUCUCCACCAACACCUUAUGUGAAAAACAUGUCAGAAUUCAUGCACAUCAGGCAAACACCAUCUCCCAGCAUGCAGUCGUAUGGAGGCUACAGAGGGGACCACGAACCACGGGAAUAUUCAGAGAUGAUUUGCCACGUCGGAGUUGAUGGUUUGCCAGACUCCUCCCUCAACUGCCACAGGACACUAAAUGCUACACACUCUGCCUCUAUUGUUGGGACGCUUCAGCGGACAGACAGCUCAUCCAUGAAUCAGUCCUGGCCAGAGCAUCCUGUCCUGACCCGCCACUCCUCCCUGAGCAGCUACACCUCCACCAGACAACCACUGCCACACUCUAUGUCACUGGACUACAGCCACCACUCCCCUCCCCUGCACCACCCCCACAUCCACCCUGCCCCCAACGCCCACAGCUCCCCUCGGAGCAGCCAGCGGAGCCGCAUGGCACGCUACGCCCUGAGCCACAGCCCGGCUCAGAGCUUUGACGAGCAGGACGACUCAGGUGUCAGCUACGGCAUGGACUGCCCGAACUCCAGUUCCUCUCUGCUGGGGAACGGAGGCAUGGACAGGGAUCUUUUGACCUCUGUGGAAGUGCAGAAUCGGUCACAUCAGAUGCCCCAGAUUCAGCCCCCGCUCCUGCCCGAGAAGAAGAGGGCGUCGGACGGGGAGCACUCGCUGGGAACGGCCUCCCCGGCCCUCAGUGGGUUCUCGAGUCCCCACAGUGGGAGCUCAGUUAGUAUUCCCUUCCCCAACGUCUUGCCUGACUUGUCAACUCAAACGCCAGGCACAGCCUCACCUCUGCCAGAUGUACUGGCCAGCAAGCAGGUUACUGUAAAAUUUGUGCAGGACACAUCAAAAUUCUGGUAUAAGCCAGAUAUCUCAAGGGAUCAAGCCAUUUCAGUCUUGAAGGACAAGGAGCCUGGCUGCUUCAUCGUGAGGGACAGCCACUCCUUCAGAGGGGCCUAUGGACUGGCAAUGAAGGUGGCUACACCCCCACCUUCCGUUCUCCAACAGACCAAGAAAGGAGGCGAUCUAUCCAACGAAUUAGUGCGACACUUCCUGAUUGAGUGUACACAGAAAGGGGUUAGGUUGAAGGGUUGCCCCAAUGAGCCCUAUUUUGGAAGCUUAACUGCAUUGGUGUGCCAACAUUCAAUCACUCCCUUGGCCCUGCCCUGUAAACUUAUUAUACCUGACAGAGAUCCUCUUGAAGAUAUUGUAGAGAAUACCUCACAGUCGGUCACCAACUCUGCUGCUGAGCUGCUAAAACAGGGUGCAGCCUGUAAUGUGUGGUACCUGGGCUCGGUGGAGAUGGAGUCCCUCACGGGCGUCCAGGCGGUGCAGAAAGCCACCAGUAUGACUCUGAGCUCCAACCCUCUUCCAACCUCCACCGUGGUCCACUUCAAAGUUUCCUCCCAAGGAAUAACCCUCACUGACAACCAGAGGAAGCUCUUCUUUAGGAGGCACUACAAUGUCAAUACAGUCAUAUAUUGUGCACUGGACCCUCAAGAUAGAAAGUGGAAGAAAGAUGGUUGCCCCUCAGCAAAGAUCUUCGGCUUUGUGGCAAGGAAAACUGGCACUUCCAUGGACAAUAUAUGUCACCUGUUUGCAGAGCAUGACCCUGAGCAACCAGCAAGCGCCAUUGUCAACUUUGUGUCCAAGGUGAUGAUUGGCUCGCAGAAGAGUAAGUAGGACGGAGCUGAACACCUGGACUGACUUUUACUAAGAGCAGAAACAACAAAUAAAGGACAAAAUGUAGGGACUGAAAAUGAUGAUGGACAUUAACCUUGGAUAUUAACUGGAUAUUAUAUACAUUAUGAUCACUUACCAGCACCAGGACAUUUAAUUAUAUCUUUUAGCAGAAAAUAAAAAUCCUCCUCUAAUUUUGUUAUUUUUCUUUCCUGUAAAAUGAACUGUAAAUGAAUCAAUUAAGAAAAUCAAGAAAUGUGUAAUUUUUUCUACUGGUUUAAAACUGUAAUACCUUACACAGUUAUUCAUUCUUGUCAUAUUUUAACUAUAUAACAAAAAGGCUGCUUUUCUUAUUCAUGUGUAGAAUUUUUAUGGAAAAAUCAAGAAAACCCUGCGUUUGCAUGUUACUUUUUUUCUCUAAUAUUUAACCAAAACAAGCUUUGUUCAAGCUAUUAACAUCCUGUAAAACUCUAGCAGAUGUAGAAGCACCUCUACGCUGCAUUACUCCAGUAUUUCCUUGUGGAGUUAAAAAUGUGCAAAAGAGGUGCAGGAAAUAUGUAUAAUUUGGACUCUGGGACUGGCUACAUCGAAUACAGGAUUAUUUUAUCUAUGCAAUGUAAAAUUUUAUUUUUUUAAACCGCCCUCUGUACAUGUGCAGCAUGUACAUGGCUUCUCUGAACUUAUCUUAUUAAGACAUGUGAAUAAUGACCACUUAUAAAGCUGUCGGCAACAGUUUAAUGAAAGAGUGUGUGUGUGUGUGUGUGUGUGUGUGUGUGUGUGUGUGUGUGUGUGUGUGUGUGUGUGUGUGCUGAGAUGAGAGAAACCUUAGAAAAAUAUUUUAAUUAAACGCUAAUAUAUAUGGACUUGACAGAAGUUGGUUAAAAACACAUCAGUACUUUGUGUAGAAAACAGUGGCUUUCCACUCUUAGCUGCCACAUUUUACCAUCUCUGUGGGGGCACACGGCCAAUAACAGCACUGCAGUGUUUCAGUAUCAAAGAUAAAUCAGUAUACAUCAUUUUGUACAUUUAUUGUGACUUUUAAAAAUUAAAAAAGUCAAGUGUUGGAAUUGCAAAAUUACAUUUAUUAUUUGACAUAUCCAGCUGGUCAUCUGUCAAUGACAUAUACAAUAUACCUGCUCUGGGAGAAAGAUAAAGAUAUUUAUUAUCCCAGCUUAGUGUCUGUUAACACUGUAUAUGAGAUGAUGACCAAAAAAAAAAAAAAAAAAAUCAUUCCUUUCAGCUAUUUUUUUGUGUUGGGGAGCCAUUUUAUUCAGAGAGGGACCUACCACCACAAUAAAGCUCUGUUAAUAUUCUUACAUUGAUUAUGUGCAAAUUUUUUAUCAUGUUCGUGAUCUAUUGUCUGUACCUCAUACUUAUCUCAUAUAAUACUGUGCCUCUGUUUAUAACAUGCUACAUGUGAACAGUUUAUUUGUAUAUUAAUAUUAUGUUGUUUGAUGUGUUCUGUAAAUAAACAAAAGGAAACAUC